GAUAAUCAAGAUGGCGGAUUACCCUUGUUUUGUUGAGAAAGUAUGAGGAUUAAAACCAUGGAUUUAAACAUUUUUGUGAUUCUGAUUCAUCAUAUAAUCUGACAUUCAUGUCAAGGAAUUAUUUAUUUCUCAUGCUAACUUUUUAUAAAACCAUUUUAUCUGCAUAAUCAAUGUGAUUUUAUGACUUGAAAAGAAAAGAUAAUUCGCAAGGAAGUGUCACAAAAUAAACCACAUUCAACCAUGUCAUUUCUAAGCAGUGUCAAAAAGUUUUUUCGUUUGGCUGACGAGGUGAAGAAAAAGGAUAUUUGGAGCGUUAACAUCAAAAGAGACGAAGAUCCCUUAACCACAUGGACUAUAGUUGGAGAGCUUGGUGAUGGUGCCUUUGGGAAAGUAUACAAGGCUGAGAAUAAAGAGUCAAAGCUACUAGCAGCGUUAAAACAGGUAGAAAUCAAGUCGGAGGAAGAUUUAGAAGAUUUUAUAGUUGAGAUUAAUAUAUUAGCUGAAUGUAAACAUCAUAAUGUGGUUGGUCUACAUGAAGCUUUUUAUAAAGAUGGAAACUUAUCGAUGUUUAUUGAGUUUUGUGAGGGUGGGGCGUUGGAUAGUAUUAUGGUGGACCUAGAGAAGCCCCUGUCAGAGGACCAGAUAAGAUAUGUCUGUCAUGAGAUGUGUGAGGGGUUGGUGUAUCUUCAUGAUAAUAAAGUUAUACAUCGUGAUCUCAAGGCUGGAAACGUUUUACUAACUUUAGAUGGGGACGUUAAACUAGCUGAUUUUGGUGUGUCUGCUAAAAAUACUAAAACUCAUCAGAGACGUGAUACCUUUAUUGGGACACCAUAUUGGAUGGCACCAGAAGUUAUAUUAUGUGAAACAUUAAAAGAUACACCGUAUGAUUAUAAAGCUGAUAUCUGGUCUCUGGGUGUAACGUUGAUCGAGUUUGCCCAGAUGGAGCCACCUAAUAAUGAUAUGCAUCCAAUGAGAGUUUUAAUCAAGAUACAGAAAUCAGAUCCACCAAAACUCGACAGUCCUUCAAGAUGGUCUAAGAAGUUCAGUGAUUUUCUGACUAAAUGUUUGAUAAAAGAUGCUGAUCAGAGAGCCAAUGCUAGAGAACUGUUAGAGCAUCCCUUUAUAAAAGACUUCACUAACAAGAAGCCAAUAAAAGAUUUGAUCAGUGAAGCAAAGGCCGAGGUGGUAGAAGAAGUCAGAGAUUUAUCAGAUGAUGAGGAUAUUAAUGAGAUUAGGGUGAAGCGAAAGGUUUCAGAUGGAAAGGAGAAAGAAAAAGAGAAAGAACCAGUGGUUGAUAAUAAAGCAGUAGAACGACCAAGCUCGAAGGAAGACAAGCGACAGUCACCGAAGAAGACACCUGCUCCCCAACCACCUGUGGUUAAACCUGCAGAACUAGCUGAGCGAUCCCCAACACCUGAUAAACGCACCCCAUCCCCUGAAAAACUCUCACCUCGUUCUCCCACCCCUGAUAAACGCUCGCCUACCCCAGACAUAACAUCAGCUCCGGAAGCAGAUAAACCUGCUGAAGCCAUUGUCAUUGCUGACGAUAUACUGGAAGACAUAAUUCAUGAGGUCAUCACGUCCACCUCAGUGGCGCCAUCUGUUCCAGGCGUUGUCCUUAACACCGUUCAGGAUCUUCUGAGUCAAGAUGAUGAUGAGGAGGAAGAAGAAGAUGACGACGAUUCACCCCGUGUUUCCGACAUUAUCGCAAAUAUCGAACACAGCAGCUCAGGUCACAUGGAAGUUCAAGAGGUCAAGGUCAAUGUCGAGGACGAUUCUAAUUCUGGAAAUCGAACACCAGAAGAUCCACCAGUUAUCACCUUUCAUAAUCAACCUGUGCCUGAUGCUGGUGCUAUUGUCAUAAACGGGCAUGCAACUCAGAUUAAAGAUUCAACUAAGGAGAAAGAAAAAGAAAAAACCCCUCCUGUAUCAGAAGUAGAGAAACGAAAAAAGGAUGACACCCCGAAAAGACAAAGCGCAAUUCCACAAACUGAUCUUGAUACUUUUGAGACUAAGUUAACAAGUGAGAAUGGUUCAUCACAAGAUAUUUCCAAUCCUGACGAUGAUUCUGACAAGCGUUCAGACUCGGGGAGUGUGAACACUAUUGACAGCGUAGAAAAAGACGAACCGAAACAGAAGACAGCACCUGCUAUAAAAAUGGAGAAAAGUUCGUCAAACUUUUCAAAUUUUUCAAACUUUUCGACUUUAACCAGCUCAUGUAGUACAUGUAGUUCGUACAGCAUUCCUGAUAAAAUACGUAAACUUUCCUGUUCUUCUUCGUGUAUCUCUUGUAAAGACAUGUCAUAUAGACUCAUUCUGGAAGUGGCGGCAGAUUUAUGGAAAGAAAAUCCAGAUCGUGAUAUUUACAACACUUUUAAUGUUUCGGAAUCAGAUUUAACGAAGGCGAUAGAACAUUUAGAGGACCAACUCGGACCUCCAGGAUACGAGGAUUCCAACCAUCAUCAGAGUUUAUUAAAUUCCUCCAUGAAGAAUAAGAUCUUACCACCCCGUAUCACAGAGAAAGUAAACCUAAUCACCUUGUAUUGUUUUAAUGUUAUUAUAACAGUUAGACUAACAAUAUUGACAUGGACUGGUGUCUACAUGACAGACACAUGCUGGGUGCUGAUAAAACAUGCAAUCCAAAAUUCAAAUUUGAGACAUUUCCCUAACAACAUAAAACAAGAUCUCCGAGAGUUAAAGUUGCUACAGAAGCAGGAACAUAAACAAUAUCAGGAUCUGAUGUACAAAGCUCAUGUCGCUCGUGAUGCACAAGAUAGAAAAUUUGAAACUGACAUGCAGAACAUGGUUAAGAAUUAUGACCAAGAUAUGGAAACUUUAACUAAACAGCAGAAACAGCAAGUAGAGAAAGCAGAGCUGGCACAACAACAAGAUAUGAAAAACGCUGCUAAAAAAAUCAAGGGGGAACAGGAGCGAGAAUUAAAAAUGUUCAAAGAACAACAGAAACAAGAAUUAAAAUUGUUUAAACAUGAACUGGACAUGUUACCUAAAGAGACGAAGAAAGAGGCCAUUAAAAAACGGAGGGAAGCCAAAGAAAUAGAGCUGACGGAUAAGGAACGUAAUUUUAUGGAGAACCAACAAGAGAGAAUGGACAAACAUAUGAAACAGUUGGCUGAUCAACAUCGUCAGAAGAUAGCCAUGUUAGAAAGUCAAUUUUUACAACAAAAACAACAACUUCUCAGAGCACGAGAGGCAGCUAUCUGGGAACUAGAAAAAGAACAACUUCAUGAGAAACAUCAACUAGCCAAGGGACAACUUAAAGACAUGUUUUUCUUAAAAAGACAUCAAAUGUUAACAAGACAUCAGAAGGAAAUCGACCAAAUGAAGAGAUAUAACUCAGUGAAAGAGGAAGAAAUGUUAAACAAACAUCAUCUGGAGAAAAAACGAUUGCCAAAAAUAUUACGAAGUGAGGCCAAGACGAGAGCACAGAUGUUUAAACAGAGUUUACGAUUGAGUGUGAUUGGAUCACCUGAAGAAGACAAGAUGAAAAUCAAACAGUUCGAUGAAAAUGAGAAGAAGAGAAUGAAGGCUGAGCAACAGAGACAAGACAUGAAACAUAAAAAACAGUGGGAGGAGCUAGUAUUCCGUAACGAGACCUCUCAGAGAGAGUUGGAACAACUCCAGGCCGAGAAACGUAAGAUGUUGAUGGAACAGGAGACUGCUAAAAUAAAGGAGAUAGACGAAGGGUAUUCGAAUGAAUUGAGAGAAUGGAAAGCCCAGCUUGUUCCUCGAAAACAGAAAUUAGAAGAAGAAUUCGCUCGUCAGCGAGAGGAUCAAGAAAAAUUUUAUGGUUCCACGAUGGAGAGUGAGUCUUCACACCCAUACCGUUCCUUACAAGGUACUGGACGAAGUCGCGAUGAAACGUUAAAAUCACGACACUCCACUGUUAUAUAA